AUGACACCAGCCCAGAACACCAUUGCCGCCACCACCACCAUCGAUGGCGGACUAGAGUGGAGUUCUCCAAUACCCUACCUAUUUGGUGGCAUGUUUAUAGCGUUUAGCCUGAUAGCAUGUGCAUUGAUCAUUCUAGCAUGCUCUUACAAGAAAGUAUAUUCAAAUAACACCAGUGGCGGUGAUGAAGAGAAGCCAUAUUCGCUACCCAACAAUACACAAUUAGCGUCAGAGAUUGUCAUCGUCAUGCCUGGAGACACCAACCCUACCUACCUUGCGAAGCCUCUUCCACACCCGUAUGAUAUUCACCAAGUUUAA